UGAUAUUAUUUAUUAAAAAAAUUGUUUUUAAAUGAAAUUAUAAUUGAAAUUCAAGGAAACAAUUUAAAAAGUAUAUAAGAAGCAUGAAGGAUAAAAAUCAAUAUUCCGAUUCAAGAGAUAAUGAAUAUGAGAAAGUACCCGCUGAAGAUUUAUCAUCAGAAGUGAAAAAUGUGCCCCAAAAAGUGGGAAACUCUUGGCUACAGUACGUGGCUACUGCCAGUGUGUGCCUUUUCGCAAUGGCAGCUGGAGGAACAGGUUCCUGGACAUCCCCUGCUCUACCACACUUGAAGAGUAACAAUUCUGAAAUUCCUAUAACGGACGUAGAGGGUGCAUGGAUAGCUGCACUAAUGGAAGUUGGGAUAUUUACCGGAAAUAUCGUAUUUCUAUUUAUUUAUAGUUUUCUAGGUCGAAAAAACUGGAUUCUCAUGAUAUCCAUACCUUACAUAAUUGCAUGGCUGAUGAUUGUUUUCGCAAAAAAUAUCAUUACAUUAUACAUAUCACGUUUUAUCACAGGAGUUUCUGGUGAUCUUGCAAUGAUGUUAGUUCCUAUAUACAUAGGAGAAAUUGCUGACAAAGACAUAAGAGGAAUACUACUUAUUGGAAUAAGGAUUUUCAUCAAUUUGGGUCACAUGUAUGCCAAAACAGCCGGCGCAUUAUUUUCUUAUAAGACAAUGAACAUAAUGAUAUUAAUCAUUCCAAUUCUUUUCUUUACAAUAUUUUUCUUUAUGCCAGAAAGUCCCUAUUAUCUUCUAUUGCAAAAUCAAAGAGAAAAGGCCCUCAAAACGUUGAUGAUGUUGAAAGGAGUCAAGAUACCAGAAAUUGUAGAUUCAGAUCUAAAGAGAAUAGAUAAAUCCGUAAAGGAGAAUCAAGAAAAUAGGAAAUGGAAGUUUCGACAAUUGUUUGCUGUUAAGGGAAACAGAAAAAGUCUCUUCAUUGCCUUGGUGGCUUGGACGACAAAACAUUUAUCAGGAUCAACGUCUAUUGGUGCCUUUACUCAAGAUAUUUUCAAAGAAACAGAAAUCCCCUUGGCACCAGAAAUAUGUGCAUUGAUAAUUGCAAUAAUUGGGGUAAUAAUGGCUCUGGUAGCUACUUUAAUAAUCGAGCGAGCUGGCCGAAAAAGGACUUUUUUAUUGUCUGGUUUAUUUUCUGCCCUGGGCCUAGCAAUAGUAGGAAUAUUUUUUUUCAUGAAGACUUUUCUCAAAUUAAAUGUUAAAUCAAUCACUUGGCUACCGCUUUUGGGAUUAAUUGUCUAUGAAAUUGCAUUUUCUUUGGGUAUUUCUUAUAUACCCUUUAUUUUAAUGGGCGAAAUUUUUUCUCUUAAUGUGAAAAUGCCAGCUGUGCUUUUUAUUAACACAACAAUGAGUAUGGUCUUGAUUACUGUUAAACUUACAUUCUCAUGGGUAAAUAAUUUAGCAGGUACUUAUACCAGUUUCUGGAUUUAUGCAAUCUGCACUUUCUUCGGCUCGAUUCUCUAUUUUUGCAUCGCGCCUGAAACAAAGGGUAAGACCCUUGAAGAAAUUCAGGAAAAUAUGCAUACCAGAAAGAAAAAAAAAGUCCCUCUAGAUAAACUAUUAAAGCAAUAUUUCAGAAUAAAAUGUUGUAGGAAAUAGCUGUGAAAUAAAUUAAAUUUUUUCCUAGGGCGAAAAUGUUUUUUCACAUGAAUGUAAAACUGUAGAUUUUUUUAACCCAAAAACCAAUAUUUUUCUAAAGCAUAGCCAUAUUAAUUUCCUAAUUGUGAAUAAUUUUUUCAAAACAUCUAUUUUUAAAUAAUUAUCUAAAAAAAAAGAUCUCAAUGAUCAUUUGGCGUUUACAAAAUCAGUUUAGGCAUUUCACAUGAAAAAAUUUUCUGAGAAAGAUUCUAAGUUUUCUUGCAAAUUCCGGAAAUGGUAUUUGCGUAGACUGACUUGCCCCGUUGCAUUCAAGUGCCAAAGGUUUAAUAGCAUAAUGAAACCAGAGAAAAUUUUUAAAAAGUUAAAAAAAAGAAACGUUUAUUUCUAUUAGGCUCCGAUCUAAGACUUCUAAAAUUUGGAUUUGUAAUAAAAGAGUUAAAAACAAUUUUGAAGUUUUUAUCUGUACUUUGGAACCUGUUUAUUUCACGAAAAAUGUUCUAGAUUUUAACUAAAGUAGGAACGAGUUUAUGUAAUCAUAAAAAAAUGACCUAGCUCCAUUAGGUCAUAACUUGUAGCCAUAAAAAGGUGAGAACUUUAUAAAUAUUUUUGAGGACAAAUUAUUCGUAUUUGGGUUUUCCAAGAUCAUUUAUUUUAAAGGAAAGCUACGUGAAUUCGUUCAGAGAAAAAAAAACACAUUUUUUAUAUUUUUAACCAAGAACGUUAAGAGACUAAAUUAUAAAAGGUCAAAUUUUUCCUAAAAUAAAAAAAAUAUUUAAGCUCUUAUAUAUCACGAGUUAUGAGUGAGAUUGUACGAAUCAUUAUUCCAAAUAAAAUGUUUUCUUAUUUUUUAUUAAAAACAAACAAAGUUGUUAACUCCAUUGUUGAAAUAAAACCCUUCAUACUAACGAUUUUGUGCAUAAAUUAUGUAUUUUCGUUGUGAGAAUUGCUUCCAGCA